AUGGAAGUCAACCGAGAAUAUUUUCGCGCCAUAAUUUAUUACAACUUUCAGAGACAAUUAUCGCAACAAGAAUGCCUUGCUGAGCUACUGUCUGUUUUCGGCAACGAAGCGCCACAUCAUCUUAGCGCUGAUCCCAGGGUGGGUGCACCAAAAACGGCAGUCACCCAGGAAAACGUCGAUGCUGUGCGCAAACUCAUUAUUGACGAUAGACAUGUGACAUAUCGCGAGAUUGAGACGUCCUUGAAGAUCUCAAAGACCUUAAUUCAAAAAAUUUUACAUGAAGAAUUAGGAGUAAGAAAAUUAAAAGCAGCCAGGGUUAAUUGCAUUGUUAGUGGUGAUGAAUCGUGGAUUUACUGUUAUGAACCAGAAAAUAAACGACAGUUGGCUGUUUGGGUGUUCCAAGAUGAAGAAAACCCAAGAAAAGUCAUCCGUUCUCGAAGUGUUUCGAAAAAUAUGGUCACGACAUUUGUGUCAAAAGCGGGUCAUAUUGCAACAAUUCCUCUUAAUCAGCAAAGAACUGUUACUGUGGAUUGGUAUACCACCAUUUGUUUGCCAAAAGUCAUCACCGAGCUUCGAAAAAUCAACCCCGAAAGAAGAAUCAUCCUCCACCAAGACGAUGCAAGCUCGCACACAGCGAAAAAAACAAGGCAGUAUUUACCGGAAGAAAACGUGGAAUUACUGGACCAUCCUCCAUAUAGUCCCGAUCUAAGUCCUAACGAUUUAUUUACUUUCCCGAAAAUUAAAAACAGACUGCGUGGAGAAGCAGUUGACGCAUUCAAAAAUGCCGUUUUGCAUCUGCCAGCAAACGAGUGGAAUAAGUGCUUCGAAAAUUGGUUCGAGCGCAUGCAGAUGUGUAUUAAUCUUCGUGGAGAAUACUUCGAAAAACAAUAA